AUGGCGGUUCGGGCACAACAACCAGAAAUUAAUGGGACUGGAAGAGUUCAGGGAAAGCCUCCUGGGCAUCGUCUCGGAGAUCUAGGCCGCUGGUGGAACGCCGGCGAGUUCACCGAGCGCUGUAUGGGCUGCAGACAGACCAACCUCAAGGAAUGGGCCGAGGAGACCAUCGCGACGGUGGGAUCCAGCGAGGUGGACAUCCUCGAUCUCAACCUGAUUGUGUUCGGCCGCAUAAUGUUGGACUUGUUGCUCCGCGAGCGGGAAGACCUCGGGGGUUAUUUCGACGCGAACGAGGCGCUGGGCGAGAAGAUUGCCAACAGAAAUUCGCGACCGGAGAUGACUAGCCCACAUGCUGUUGGUGACUUGGAACAACCAGACCCCACUGCAAGCUGCACGCUCACUCAAAAUCAACUUGACCCCUCCACCACCGUCCUCCCCUUAUUGGCCACCACUCUUGUCACCAUCAAAUCCAAUCUAGACAACAAAACGCAUUACAGAUACAUACGUCCUGUCGAGUAA